AUGUCAGCCUCGCCGAGUCAUUUUCCUCGCGUCCUUAAGAUUGUCCACAAUGACAACGAGGAUAAAGCAUCCUCGACCGUCUCAACCCUUCCGGCUCAACCUUUCCCAUUUAUGGAUCUGCCAGCUGAACUCCGUCUCUACACCUACAACUUCUGCCUCUGGCGCUCUCUAGCGCUUCUACUACCGCAGCUAGCGCCCAUGGACAAUUCCGCGGUGGCGGCCUCUGCCCAGUCCGGCACCAUCCUGCAGCAAGGCCAGCAACAGCAACUGCAAGCCGGCGCCGGCGCCUCCAGUCCUCCAUCUACCGAACCUACCAACACAGAGCCCCUAAUGCCCGCCCUUCUCCGCGUCAGCAAAGCCAUCUACACGGAAGCCAAGCCCGUCCUCGAUAAGAACACGUUCUUCGUCCCGCUUGACAGCGUCAAGGGCAUGCGCCAGCUACCCCAGCGCACACGCUCCCUAAUCAAACACGCCCGCAUCGCCAUCCCUACGCGCGCUGAGGUGUUUGGGCCUGGGGGCUUCAUGCUGGCCGUGCGACAGGGCCUGCGGUACUGCUUCGGGCUGCAGACGCUGACGAUUAAGAUGCCGGCUGUGUGGAGCGUUAAUGUAGGAACGACGGAUUGA